AUUUCUAUAGGCUCCGGGGAGGCUGCGGCCGAGGCGGCGGCGGCGAGCGGGGGCGAGACGGGCCGGGACCAGGACAGCCUCCGGCAGCCCGGCGGACGGACGGCGCGCCCACGGCCGCGCUCCGAGGUGCAGCGCGGGCAGGAGGUGGCGUUUCCCGCAGCCUUUCGGCCCCCGCCCUUCCUUUCAGUUUCUCCGGCUCGCUCGGAAGUUGGAGGUUGACGAAAAUGGCAGGAGCCGGGACCCGGGCGGGUGGCCGCAGCGCCGCGGGGACCUUCUGAGUUGGCCGGGCCGCCGGGGACACGCACACUGGGCGGCCGAUGCACAGGGCCCAGGGUCCCGGGAGAGCUGAGCCGCUGCGGGCCCCAGGCGAGGAGGCGCCGGGCAUGCACUCGCGCCGACAGCCGGCGGCGGGCCGCGGGGCGCGCGGGGCCGGAGGGUGUGCCGCCCGGGCGCCGGGCCGGGCUCUGUGAGCGGCGAGGCGGGAAGGGCCGCCGGGCGUGGCGGGCGGGCAGGCGGCGGGCAGAGCGCGAGCGGGCGGCCGCUGUGCACAAUCCGAGCAGCUCCCGCCCGACUCUCUCGGCGCGGCCGCGCCAGCACCGGCCACACCCUCGGCCCCGCUGCCUCCGCCGGGCCGCUUCCCGAGAGUCGGAGGCAGGAGAUGCGCCGGGGCGGCCGCGCGUCCCCAAGCGCCAGCCCCGGCCGCCGUCGCGGGGAAGUGCUGCCGGGCGGGGUCCCGGCGCCUGAAGCCCACGUGCGCCGCCGAGCCGAGGAGGCUGACAGCAGAGCCCGCCCGGGCCGCCGCGCGCGCUCCCCCCCGAGGAAGGGAUUUUGAUUUCAAAGAAAGAAAGGAAGGAAGGAAGGACAACUCCCAGCUUCCCCUCCCGCCCUCCCGCUCCGGCGGCCGGGCCGGGCCAUGCCCAGGAAGGCGGCGGCCGCGGCCCGGCAGAAGGGACUUUCCUGGCGGCCCAGCGACGAGGAACGCGGACUGUGAGUUUGCUGCGCGUGGUUCAUGGUUCCUGCAAGCCCUCCCGGAGGCCGAACGCCACAGCCCCUCCCCGCGCCGCGAAGAGCCUCCUGCGUCCCCUGGUCCGCGGGCUCGCCCUGCGCCGCCGCCGGCCCGCGUCCUCCGCCCGCGGCGGUGGAUGGCAUGAUGGUGCGGGGAAGGCGCCGCGGCCCUGGCCAGCUGAGUCGCGACGGCCGCGGGGGCGGCGGCGGUAGUGGCAGCGGCGGCGGUAGCGGGCUCCCCAGCGGCAUGCCAGUGCCCCCCGGGCGCGAUGGCUAGCGGCAGCGCGGGGAAGCCCACCAGCGAGGCGGCUUCUCCGGCUCCUGCGAGCGCCGUCAGCGGGGCCAGCUCGCAGCCUCGGAAGAGGCUGGUGUCCGUCUGCGAUCACUGCAAGAGCAAGAUGCAGCUGGUGGCCGACCUGCUGCUGCUGUCGAGCGAGGCGAGGCCUGUGCUCUUCGAGGGCCCCGCCUCCGCUGGUGCCGAGUCCUUCGAGCAGUGCCGGGACACCAUCAUCGCGCGCACCAAGGGGCUCUCCAUCCUCACCCACGACGUGCAGAGCCAGCUCAACAUGGGCCGCUUCGGGGAGGCGGGGGACAGCUUGGUGGAGCUGGGUGACCUGGUGGUUUCGCUGACGGAGUGCUCUGCCCACGCGGCCUACCUGGCGGCUGUGGCCACGCCGGGCGCGCAGCCUGCGCAGCCUGGCCUGGUGGACCGCUACCGCGUGACGCGCUGCCGGCACGAGGUGGAGCAGGGCUGUGCGCUGCUGCGCGCCACCCCGCUGGCCGACAUGACCCCGCAGCUGCUGCUGGAGGUGUCCCAGGGCCUGUCGCGCAACCUCAAGUUCCUGACGGACGCGUGCGCCUUGGCCAGUGACAAGUCCCGGGACCGCUUUGCGCGCGAGCAGUUCAAGCUGGGCGUCAAGUGCAUGAGCACAAGCGCGUCGGCGCUGCUGGCCUGCGUGCGCGAGGUCAAGGCAGCGCCCAGCGAGCUGGCGCGUAGUCGCUGCGCGCUCUUCAGCGGGCCGCUGGUGCAGGCGGUGAGCGCGCUGGUGGGCUUCGCCACCGAGCCGCAGUUCCUGGGUCGCGCGGCGGCCGUGAGCGCCGAGGGCAAGGCGGUGCAGACCGCCAUCCUGGGUGGCGCGAUGAGCGUGGUGUCGGCCUGCGUGCUCCUGACCCAGUGCCUCAGGGAUCUGGCGCAGCACCCCGACGGGGGCGCCAAGAUGUCGGACCACAGGGAGAGGCUGAGGAACUCGGCCUGCGCCGUGUCUGAAGGCUGCACCCUGCUAUCUCAGGCUUUAAGGGAGAGGUCUUCGCCCAGGACUUUACCGCCAGUGAAUUCCAAUUCUGUGAAUUAGCGCCCAUCCACCCACCCCGUCCCCCUUCUUCCACCCCCAGACUAAAGGAAGAUACUUAAUGUCUGCCCCUCUCCAUUUAUACCAAAGAAAUCAUAGGUGAAAGCUCCCCCCCACCCUACCAUGUUACAUGCUCGAGAGGAGUCUUCCAGAAGGCAGGGCCAUGCAUCCAAUGUACACGCGCAAUCGAAGGGCUCUGUGCCCAGCAGCCCAUACACGGUGGACCUGGAGAGGGAAGAUGUGUAAUCUGCUGUUUGCGGUGUGACCCCCACCCCACCCCAGCUCCUCUUCAGGAACCCCUCAGCUAAAUUUUUAUUAUUAAUUAAUUGGGCAGGAAGGAGGUCAUGGGUUCAUUUCUUUUUUGGUCUUUUUUUUUUUCCUAAUUAAAAGAAAGGUUACCUCAGUUUUCACUCCUUAGACAUGGAUGUAGCUACCUUUUUUUGUAUGUUGUUAUUUUUUUAAGUUGGAUUAGGCGUAUACUUGGUAUGGAAAGAGUAUGAUUUUGCCAUGUGAUUUGCAAAUGGGGGGAAAGCUACUGUGAGUGUGUGUUUUAUUUUUUAAUUUACACUAUAGAGUGAUUUUUUUCCCCCAAUGUCAAGUUUUUACCUUGCAUGUACUGGAGUAUUUAUUUCAUCUAUUAAAAUGUUAUGUUUCUCAGA